AUGGCCGAUUUCGAGGCUCCUUCAGGACCUCCCCCGCCUAGGGUUCCCGAGGGAUGGGUUGCGCGAUGGAACGACCAAUACAAGGAAUGGUUCUACGUCAACACGUACACCAAGAAGUCGCAAUGGGACAAGCCCACCGAGGCAGCGCGGCCCCCUAUUGACGAUGCGCCGGGCGGACCGCCUCCGUCGUAUGCGCCAGGCAACACGGCCGCGCCAACCGACACCAAGGUGAACCCGUACGACGAUCACAGCCGCGGCGCAAGCACCAACCCGUUCAAGUCGGACGAGUCUGAAGACGAGAAGCUGGCGCGCCAGCUGCAGGCCGAGGAAGACGCUAGGGCGCGCGGCCACAGCUCCGGCGGUCCCGGCGGCGCAGCAGCCUCGUACGCCAACACGCCCCCUCCGGCCUCGGUCUCCCCGUAUCCCAGCCAGCUGCCUCCACGCUCCGGCGGCAGCGAAGUUGACAAGGCCAAGGGCCUUUUCGGGAAGUUCUUUGGCAAGAAGACGGGCGGCGGCGGCGGCGGCGGCGGCGGUCUCGGCGGCGCCCUCGGCAGCUUCGGCGGCGGCGGGCACAGCGGCCACGGCGGUUACGGACAGCAGCCGGGCGGUUAUGGACAGCAGCCCGCAUACGGACAGCAGCCCAUGUACGGCCAGUCCCAGCCGGGCUACGGUGCGCCGGGAGGAUAUGGCCAACCCCAAGGGUACGGUAACUACCCGCCCCAGGGCGGCUACUACCCACAGCAGCAAGGCGGAUACUAUGGCGGAGGCGGAUACCCCCAACAGCAGCAGGCCCCCCGUAAGUCGGGCGGUGGCAUGGGCAUGGCGGGCGGUGCCGCGCUCGGUCUCGGAGCCGGCGUGCUCGGCGGCGUGCUCAUUGCAGACGCUAUCAAUGAUAACCAGCAAGAGGCCUACCAAGAGGGCUAUCGUGAGUGCAACCUUCCUAACUCCCAGAAGCGUAGCAUGGGUGGUUUUGACUAA